CUUAAAUCUGCAUUUGAUAACAGACACGUAUGCUCUCUUCUCUCAUUUUAUUAUAUUUGUUCCACAAGAAGAUUACGAUAAAGUUGAAGGACUUCAGAUUAUGUUCAACAAAAUGUUAGAAAAUGCAAAAAAGGUUUCGGAUCGGAUAUCAGAAAUGGAAGAACCGCUUUUAAGAGAACUGAACGAUGGUAUAUCUACAUUUGUUCAAGAAUUUGAUGAGUUUAAUAGUGACUUUGAGGCAAAUGGUCCAAUGGUCGAAGGAAUUUCUGCCAAAGAGGCAAGCGAUCGAGUUUUUCUCUUUCAGAAUCGUUUUGAUGAGCUUUGGAGAAAAUAUGAAAUGUAUAGUAGUGGAGAAAAACUCUUUGGAUUGCCAAUUACUGAGUACCCAUUGCUUCACCAGCGUAAGCGCGAGUUCAAUUACCUUAAUCGACUUUACUCAUUAUAUAUUCAAGUGUUGAAGACAAUAUCAGACUAUUAUGAAAUGCCAUGGGCUGAUGUAAAUAUUGAAAAAAUUAGUGCUGAACUGGCUGAUUUUCAGCUACGCUGCCGAAAGCUACCUAAAGGAAUGCAGUCAUGGCCCGCCUUUAUUGAUCUAAAAACAAAAAUUGAUGAUUUUAAUGAGACUUGCCCACUGCUCGAACUAAUGACGAAUAAGGCAAUGAAAGAAAGACAUUGGGUUCGUUUAAACGCACUUUUUAAAACCGAUUUUGAUCCGACUAGUCAAAAAUUUACUCUUGGAAAAUUACUUGAAGCACCAAUUCUAAAAUACAAAGAAGAUGUCGAGGAUAUUUGUGUAGGCGCAAGUAAAGAGUUGGAUAUAGAAGCUAAGCUUAAACAGAUUAUUUACGAUUGGUCUCUAGUUAAUUUACAACUAGGACAGUUCAAAAAUAGGGGAGAGCUUGUUCUUAAGGGAGCCGAAACAUUGGAAAUAAUUUCAACGUUAGAGGACAGUCUUAUGAUAAUGAACUCCUUAGCAUCAAAUAGAUAUAACGCGCCUUUUAAAAAGGAGAUACAACUAUGGCUUUUUAAGCUAGUAAACACUGGAGAUAUAUUGGAAAAAUGGCUAAUGGUGCAAAAUCUUUGGAUUUAUUUAGAAGCCGUUUUUGUUGGAGGAGAUAUAUCAAAGCAAUUGCCUAUGGAAGCCAAACGUUUUACGAAUAUAGAUAAAAGUUAUGUUAAGAUUAUGAUGCGUGCACGGGAAAUACCAAACGCCGUCGACUGCUGCACAGGGGACGAAUCGCUCACUACGAAUCUAACAUGGCUAUUAGAUCAGCUCGAAACAUGUCAGAAAAGUUUAACAGGAUAUUUGGAAUCCAAGCGUUUACUUUUUCCACGUUUUUUUUUUGUUUCCGAUCCUGUUUUGUUGGAGAUUCUUGGCCAAGCCUCCGAUCCAACGUCGAUACAACCACACCUGUUAAGUAUAUUUGAUGCGAUCGCUACUGUUGACUUUCAGGAUAAAACAAUUGACAUUAUUGAAUCUAUGAAUUCCAUGAAUCGUGAGAAAGUAAAAUUUGAAAAUACCGUACAAUGUGCAGGUAGCGUGGAGCUUUGGCUAGGUCGUUUACUAAAAGAAAUGCAAGAUACUAUGCGAACAGUACUUGCUAGUAUGGCUGUAAGCUUAAAUGAUCCCGAAUUCAAUUUUGCUGAAGAGUUCCCAACAUUCUGUGGCCAAGCGGGAGUGAUAGGCGUGCAACUUCUGUGGACAAAAGACUCUGAAUACGCUUUACGGAAAUGUCGUACUGAUAAGACAAUAAUGAAACGUACAAAUAAUAAGUUUUUAGUUCUUUUAAACUUCUUCAUUGAUUUAACUGUAAAGGAUCUAACUUCCCUGGAUCGAAUACGGUUUGAGACUAUGGUUACCAUUCACGUUCAUCAGCGGGACAUUUUUGACGACUUGUGUACGCAGCGUGUUAAAUUUACAGGAGACUUUGAAUGGCAGAAACAAGCACGUUUUUAUUAUAAUGAAGAUAAUGAUGAAAUUGUUGUAGGAAUAACAGACGUAAAUUUUAUAUAUCAAAACGAGUAUCUUGGCGUAACUGAACGCCUGGCAAUAACUCCCCUGACAGAUCGGUGUUAUAUAACACUAGCUCAGGCUGUAGGUAUGUGUAUGGGAGGUGCACCUGCUGGUCCUGCAGGAACAGGGAAGACCGAAACAACAAAAGACAUGGGUCGCGCAUUGGGUAAACUUGUUGUUGUUUUUAAUUGUUCGGAUCAAAUGGAUUUUCGUGGGCUAGGUCGUAUCUAUAAAGGAUUAGCACAGUCUGGUUCUUGGGGAUGCUUCGACGAAUUUAAUCGCAUUGAGCUACCAGUCCUUUCUGUUGCAGCACAGCAAAUUUACAUUGUUUUAACAGCUCGGAAGGAGAAAAGGUCUACGUUCAUAUUUUUAGAUGGUGAUGUCGUUUCAUUAAAUCCGGAAUUCGGCAUAUUUAUAACCAUGAAUCCAGGGUAUGCUGGUCGUCAGGAGUUACCUGAAAAUCUGAAAAUAAUGUUUCGCACGGUAGCCAUGAUGGUACCGGAUCGUCAGAUAAUUAUAAGAGUUAAAAUGGCUAGUUGUGGAUUUAAAGAAAAUGUUGUACUAUCACGAAAGAUGUUUACCUUAUACAAAUUGUGCGAAGAACAAUUAUCAAAGCAGGUUCAUUAUGAUUUUGGACUUCGCAAUAUAUUAUCUGUGCUUCGGACACUUGGUUCCCAGAAAAGGUCUAAUCCAAGUGAUACUGAGGAAACCAUAGUGAUGCGUGUUUUGCGUGAUAUGAAUGUUUCAAAACUUAUUGACGAAGAUGAAGGACUCUUUGUUUCGCUAGUAGAAGAUAUGUUUCCAGGUAUAAAAUUAACUACAAAUGUAUACAAAGAACUGCAAAAGUCUAUUAUGAAGGCUUGUGAUGAACUAGGCUAUGUCAAUAAUCCUGAGUGGAACCUAAAGGUCGUGCAGUUAUAUGAGACUUCUUUAGUACGGCAUGGACUAAUGUUAAUGGGACCCACCGGUUCAGGCAAAACUAGUUGCACUAACUGCAUGCUUCGUUGUUUUACAGAGAUGGGCCGACUCCAUAAGGAAAUGAGAAUGAACCCGAAAGCUAUAACUGCGCCACAAAUGUUUGGUCGUUUGGACGUGGCCACUAAUGAUUGGACAGAUGGCAUUUUUUCAACACUCUGGCGUCGUUCAUUAAAGGUUCCCCAUCAUCAAAAUUGCUGGAUUGUAUUGGACGGCCCAGUUGACGCAGUUUGGAUUGAGAAUUUAAAUUCGGUGUUAGACGAUAAUAAGACACUUACUCUUGCAAACGGCGAUCGGAUUAAAAUGGCAGACAACUCAAAAUUGGUUUUUGAGCCUGAUAAUGUUGAUAACGCAUCACCAGCUACAGUUAGUCGUGUCGGUAUGGUAUUUACAAGCUCGUCCGUAUUGAGCUGGAGAGUUUACAUGGAGGCUUGGUUAAUGAAACAGGGGGAUAACAGUGAAAUAUUUAGACGGUGCUACGAUUGCCUUUAUGAUGAUGCUCAUAUCUUUUUACAGUCACGACUUUCGACAAAGAUGAGAAUACUAGAAGCUAUAUAUAUUAGACAAAUGUUGGAUAUCAUGGAUGGCUUGUUAAUGGAUAUGUCAAUUUAUUCUGAAAAGUCCAUUGAACGUGUAUUUUUGUUUUCGAUGAUGUGGUCUCUUGGAGCCGUUCUUGAGAUUUCCGAGCGAGAAAAACUGGAAGAGUUUCUUGUUAAACAUCCAUCUAAAUUACGUUGGCCCAAAAGGGGUAUAAAUGAAACCAUAUUUGAGUACUAUGUAGACGAAAGUGGAAAUUGGCAGCAUUGGAAUACGCGUGUGGAAGAAUUUCGAUAUCCCGAGGAUGAAUCUCUAGAGUUUGCAUCUAUUUUAGUGCCAAACGUAGAUAAUGUACGAACUGCAUUUCUCUUAAACAAUAGUGCUAAGCAGCUAAAGCAGGUGCUUUUGAUUGGUGAGCAGGGUACUGCUAAGACAGUAAUGAUAAAAGCUUAUAUGGGCCAUUUCGAUCCAGAAAUACACCUCUUUAAAUCAUUUAAUUUCUCAUCGGCAAGUACUCCAAAUAUGUUUCAGCCAGCGCCUGCCGCGAUGUAG